UGGGGAACGAAGAGAUGCUUUGCUUCGCAGCGAGGAUUUCGCGCUGCCUCCUGGCUCUCCUGUUGCUGAGAGAAGCUGCCGGUGCCACUUUCUUUCACCAGUAUGACAGUGAACAUAUGACUCUGACCUGCAAUCAGUCCUUUGGGGGAGACAAUGCUACUUGGUGGAUUGGGCAGCACAAGACGUCUCUGCAAAUAUUUCAACGGGGGUGCUACUAUCCAGAUGGGAUUCUCCAAACUCACUCUCCAAACUUUGAAAAGUGCCCCAACAAUCUUUCCCUGAGCAAUUUCUCCGGUGGUGGAAUUUUUGCAUGCAAAACCCAAAUGGAGCAUCAGAUCCAGGAAAAUGAAAACCCUGUAUUUUCUUCAAAAGACAACUGCACGAAUUUCAAUUUCUUUAUUGUAGCAAGAAACAGCCCAACAGAGCAUCGUUCUGAAAACGUUCGUAGGAAAGCAGAGGAAAAGGUCUCCAUUAAGGAAAAGCAAAACUUAAUUCUUUCCUGUGAGUUUGAGCUGGGAAAGGGCACAUCCACUUUCGCUGUGUAUUGGUUUAAAGGAACGAAACCGAACAAGUGCCUCUUUUCGGCUUCAAAUGAAGACUGCGGCACUCCCUUUAACAUCUCCUACGAUCUCAACUGCUGUAUUGAUGACUCAUUCAGAGACCGACGAAUCAAGAGCCACACAAUUUCAAGAGAUCAACAUCGAAACCAGACACAUGUAGUUACAAUCACCAACAGCACCACGGCCGAUAAAGGAAGCUACUUUUGUGUGGUGGCCGCUUAUAAUAAAAGAUACACGUGGACAAUAGAACGCAGGAUAUCUGUGAACGUGAUGGAAGCAUCGCCACACAACUCAAACAUCGAUAUGAAGAUCUUCCUAGCAGCCAUUGCGGCAGCUCUGCUUCUGAUGAGUGGGAUAAUUUUGUUCUUGUGCUGCAAGAAAAAAGCAAAAGGAAAGCCACUGGAAAGUCAACAAAGAGACCAGACUACAGUGGCUACAGAAGAUUGUUCCCCAUAUGCUGUUUCCAGCCACAACGACCUAAAUGGACCAGAAACGGUUUAUUCUCUAGCCACAAAUCCUGGGGAGGCCCCCUCUACAGUGUAUUUCUCACCGCAGAGCAAGCCAGCUCCUGGCGUGCGACAGGGAGAAAAUGUGGAAGCUCUUUAUUCGAAAGUUUUGAAGGACAAAAAUGGUCCCUCCUUGGCCUCUGAUUCCAGCGUAUGAAGUGCCUGAUUUUGGUUUCUGAAACUUUCCUUUAUAGAGCAGGGAAAAGGGACAAUUCUCCAAAACAGGAAGUGAAGGCCAGUUGAAUUGUUUGGAGGACUGCAGAUUUCAGGUCAACUUUCUGGAGUUGAGUGGGUGGAGAAUGUAGGAUGCUUAUCCUACGGUUGGGUAGAUAAUAUAUAGAAAACUAUGUUCUGUAACUUUAACUGCUACAAAGAUGACUAAUUGGCUGUGCUAAGCAGACAUAAAAGAAGGCAGGAAGUUCGCUCACUUCUGCUCCUGCUCCUGCUAUUGAAGGUUGAACUGCUGGAAGGAACUGUGUCUGUGUUUGAAGAGAACUGGAAUUGUAAGCAAACUAUGUUUUGUGUUAAACCGUGAUUGUUUGAAGAAGUUGUUUUGAGAAGCCAAGUUUGUUUUUUUACUACAAGUAAAGACUGUUUAUUUUUCUUUAAA